AUGCAAGUAGCUAUCGAGGUACCAGGGGAAGCUAACCCGCUGACCCUUCAAAACGUUAUACAUGCCUUGACGACGGCGGGCUCUUCGUUGCCUCAUCAGCGCCAGAGUGGAACAGCACAGCUCCAGGAAUGGGGGAAGCAGCCAGGCUUUCACUCGCUAUUACAGGAUGUCUUUACCGACUAUUCUAUUCCCUUCGAAGUCCGAUACCUCUCAAUUAUCCAGUUAAAGAACGGUAUAGACAGAUACUGGCGGAAGACAGCAAACAAUGCUAUCAAGCCGGAUGAGAAAAACCAGAUCAAGAGAAGAGCUAUAGAAGCUGGAGUUGUUGAACCUGCAUCUCAACUUGCUUUGCAAAAUGCCCUGAUCGUGGCCAAAAUAUUACGGGCAGAAUUCCCAGUUGAAUGGCCAGAAGCCAUAUCUGAAAUAAUAGAGCAUCUUCGCGCAUCCAUCCGGCCCGGUGCUAAUCCAGUUCAACUCUCACGCACUCUCCUUAUCCUCCUCCAGGUAAUUAAGGAACUCUCCACCGGACGACUAGAGAAAACUCGAAGGGGAUUACGAUCUGUUGCUCCAGAGCUGCUACAUAUUGUUGCAAGCAUAUACGUCGACAAAGUGCAAAAAUGGGGUACCUUUUUGGAAUCCGGCGGAGACGACGAAGGCGGUGCGCUAGAGGCAAUUGAGCAGAGCCUUAUGUCCCUGAAAGUCAUCCGACGGUUGAUAGUCGCUGGAUUUGAGAAUCCAAAUAGGGAGUCGGAUAUCUCAGGAUUUUGGACCCUAUCGCUAACACAUCUCGGAAAUUUCUACUCCUUGAUACAGAGACGGUCGUCUACGCUGGCUUCAGAAGUUGAAAAGUUGAUCGGGAAACACAUCAUCCAGCUGUCCAAGCUUCAUUUGGAAAUGGCCAGAACCCACCCAGCACCCUUUGGACUGCUUCCACAGGCUGUUGAUAUGGUUAAAUCUUACUGGGGGUUGGUAGUUGAGCUAGGCAAGACUUACGGCUCAACAGAUUUCUCUCAACUCAAAGUUGGGGCGAACGGCGAUGCAGAUGACGACGAGAGGCCUCUUUUGGAAAAACUCGGUCUCAAGGCCCUCUUACUUCUUAGAGCAUGUGCAAAGAUUGCAUUCUACCCCACGAAUACUUUCAGAUACCAAAAUCAGCAGGCCAAGGAGGAGAAGAAUCAAUGUGUUGGCUUGAUGAAGUCCCAGAUCUUCAGUGAAGACUUCGUGGUUCAAGUCAUGGAGCUGCUUGUCACUCGCUUUUUUGUCUUUAGAGCCAGCGAUCUCAGAGAAUGGGAAGAAGAGCCCGAAGAGUGGGAGAAGCAAGAGGAAGAGAUCACAGAUGCCUGGGAGUUUUCAAUUCGGUCAUGUGCCGAGAAACUGUUCCUUGAUCUGGUUAUCAAUUUCAAAGAACUGCUCAUACCAAAACUGCUCAAUGUGUUCUACACUUAUGCCAACCCUCAGAAUAAGGAUAUCUUAUUGAAGGACUCCCUUUAUUCCGCCGUUGGCCUUGCAGCUGCAUGCCUGGAGAAUCAUUUAGACUUCAACACUUUCCUGGUAUCUACACUCGUACCAGAAAUUCAAAUCCAGGGUCCAGGCUAUAAUAUCCUUCGUCGAAGAAUUUCUGUCAUACUGGGGCAAUGGGUUCCAGUGAAACCAAGUGAAAUCGAUAAGGCAUCCGUAUACGGCAUCUUCCAACAUCUUUUGGAUAAAAACGAUCCCGUGAACGAUCAAGUCGUUCGUGUAACGGCUGGUCGGAAGCUAAGGCAGGUUCUAGAUCCUUUCGAGUUCUCUGCGGAAGUAUUCCAACCGUUUUCAACGCCUAUCCUACAAGGUCUUAUGGAGCUCAUCCAAGAGGUCUCUCUUACUGAGACUAAAAUGGCACUACUCGAGACUGUAAGAGUUGCGGUAGUAAAGAUGGAAAGGCAGAUUACCCCUUUCGCAGAUCAGAUUGUAUCCCUUCUACCGGGACUUUGGGAGCAAUCUGGUGACGAACACUUAAUGAAGCAGGCAAUAUUAACACUUUUGUCAUCCCUAAUACACUCGAUGAGAGAAAGCUCAACCAGAUACCACUCUAUGAUACUACCCCUUAUUCAAAAAUCCAUUGAACCCGGCUCAGAAACUCUCAUCUACCUCCUCGAAGAAUCUCUAGAUCUAUGGUCUGCCGUGCUAUCUGAAACCCCAAACCCACCAUCUCCUGAAAUUCUCGCCUUAUUCCCAUCUAUAUUCCCAAUUUUUGAAAUCGGCACCGAUGUUGUACGGCAGGCACUCGAGGUCACAGAAUCCUACAUCCUCCUUGCACCUCAGGAAUUCCUUGACGAAAACGUCCGGUUCCGCCUCUUCGAUAUUUUCAACAACCUCCUCAAUCCAGACGUCACUCCCCGGAUCGGCCUAGUCCCCCACCUUGCGGAACUACUCAUACGAACUGGCGAAUCCACAUCCGAAGAGAACAGCGAGAAUGUGUACGGCGCCAUCGCCAAGUCCAUGCUAAGCACUGGGUUUAUGGAAACUCUCCUCUCCGCCCUCUAUGGCGCACACCAGUCCCGCCAGACAACGGGACCUAACCGGAGGCAAGCCACCAUCUACGGCGUGGCUGAAACAGACCACCUAUCAGUCCUUGCACGACUUGCCCUCGCUUCCCCACGCAACUGCAUAUCAGCAAUAACAUCAGCAACCAGUACUUCUUCCGAAGAACAAACAUUCACCUGGAUACUAAACGAAUGGUUCGCCCACUUCGACAACAUCGGCGACGUCAACAAGAAGAAACUGCAUACCAUGGCCCUCACGCAUUUACUAACAGUCAACGGCCCCUCAUCUCCUGCUCCAAUAUACCUACUAAACAAUUUACAAUCCUACCUAACCAUCUGGACGGAUCUGAUAACCGAUCUAUCUGAUGGUCCUGAAGUAAACCCCGGCGACGCCCGACACGGCGAUUACCUUGUUUUCGACCCCAACGACACCCAGGGCGAGAAAUACCAUGAGUCCGAAACCCCUGAGACGACACGCAGACGCGCAUGGAGCGCCUCGGACGCAAUUCACAAGAUCAAUCUGCGAGAGUAUGUGGGGCAGCACCUCCAGGCUUUGGUACAGGUUUGUGGAGGAGCCGACCGGUUUAGAGACGAAUGGCUAGUUAACGUUGACAGGGAGGUCGUUAAUGGGUUUGGGCAGUUGGGGAUUAUGUAG